GUCGCUAGCACCAACAUCAGUUGGGCAGAAGCUAAAGCAAAUACAAUAGGCAAUAGGCAAUUGGCGACUGGCAAUUAGCUUUAACGGCUGCCGCCUUUGCACCUGCAACUUACCUGAGCCGUGGCCUUCGGGCGAUCGCACCUCUCCGAAAGCAGCAGUAGCAGAGCGAUAGCAGGAAAAAACAAGAGCAACUGAAGCAGCAGCUUUUUUUUCUUUGUUCGAAAUCUGGACGAAAUCAAUGCUGUGGACAGUGCACCUGGACGGCGGCCCUCAGCGGGUCAAUCAUGCUGCGGUGGGCGUGGGCGAUUUCAUCUAUAGUUUCGGUGGAUACUGUACGGGAUACGAUUAUCGGUACAAUGAGCCCAUUGAUGUCCACGUCCUGAAUGCCCACACGAUGCGGUGGUCUUUGGUGCCCCAACAGUGCGACGAGGAGGGGCAACCUUUAAAGUAUCCUCUAGUGCCCUUCCAGCGCUACGGUCACACGGUGGUGGCCUACAAGGAGAAGAUAUACAUCUGGGGCGGUCGCAACGAUGAGAAUCUGUGCAAUGCCCUCUACUGUUUCGAUCCCAAGACGGCCCAGUGGUCCAGACCCCCAGUCACAGGCUGCCUGCCAGGAGCACGCGACGGCCACUCGGCCUGUGUCAUUGGCAACUGCAUGUUCAUAUUCGGCGGAUUCGUUGAUGAGAUCAACGAGUUCAGCAGCGAUGUUCACUCCCUGAAUCUGGACACCAUGGAGUGGCGUUAUGUUCAAACCUUUGGAGUGCCUCCCAGUUACAGAGACUUCCAUGCCGCUGUGGCCUACGAGCAGGAGCGUAUGUACAUCUUUGGCGGUCGCGGGGACAAGCACAGUCCCUAUCACAGCCAGGAGGAGACCUACUGCCAUGAAAUCGUCUACCUCGACAUGAAGACAAAGGUCUGGCAUCGUCCGUUUACAGCGGGGAAGGUGCCCGUGGGCAGACGGAGCCAUAGUAUGUUUGUCUACAAUAAGCUUAUAUAUGUGUUUGGUGGAUACAACGGCUUGUUGGAUAAGCACUUCAACGAUCUGUACACCUUUGAUCCGCGGACCAAGCUGUGGAAUCUGGUUCGAGGCAAUGGAAAGGCGCCAACGGCGCGGAGACGACAGUGCGCCAUUGUAAUGGGCACUAAGAUGUUUCUAUUCGGAGGUACCAGUCCCCGGACUGGAGCAACCCCUAUAGCUAAUUCCUCUACAACAACCACGCCCACUCAGGACGCUGCAGCAGCAGUGGUGGCGGCGGCGGCUGUGGCGGGUGGAGCAGCUGCAUCCAGCGUGGUUUUGAUUGAUUACAGCGAUCUGCAUGUGCUCGACUUCGAGCCCACACUAAAAACGUUGGCCACCAUGGUGGUGCUGAAGUAUCAGCUGGAUAUAUCGGGGCUUCCCAGGAGCUUUCGGUCCGACCUGCAGAUGCUCACGCAGCCGAACAGUAUUAGCCGGCCAAUCAACCAGGCUGGCUAGCAUCGCGAGGUAGAGGUAUACACAACAAUCCUGCGUCAACUGCCACACAAAACCUAAAAUCUGAAUAGAAUACAAAACACAAGAGGAACUCCCAGACCCCUAGUCCGGCUGCCUCUUAAACUAAUUGCUUACCGCUUGGAGGAGCAGGCUCGAAUUAAAUAGAAAGCACACAGACGAAAGAGACAGAUAGUAGAGUAUGUUGGGGGAGAGAUGCCGCAGUAACUAUUGAAAGUUUUAGAAACUUGCUUUGAUACUUCUGUUGGCAGUUAAAGAAAAAACCACACAUUAACUGAUACUUCGAAUGAUACCUACGGAUAAUGCCAGAUAUAUAGAUUGUAAAACAUUUAUAAAUGUCCUUAAAUAAAAAUCCAUUAACUAUA